AUGGUCCAGACCACUGUCAACAGAACAUUGACGAUGACUUCAAACAAUGCGGAGUCGAUCGAUGCAGCACUCAAGGCUGCUAGGGAACUCCCAGUACUGCCUUUGCUAGACUAUAUAAGGAAAUUGAUCAGACGAUGGAAUGUUAAAAACCUAAAGAAUGCAGUAGAGUCAUUCACUGAUCUUGGAAAAAAAUAUGACACAAUGCUGAUGGACAAUCUUGAAUUGUCACAUCAGAUGAAGUGUCCACCUACACAAAGCAAAGGCUUUCAAUUUAAUGUAGCAUUUAUGCCUACCCCACUCCUGAAAUAUUGCUGUAGAAGGUUUCAGUUGGAUGAGCUUCCAUGUGCACAUGCUUGGGCAAUAUUAAAACACAAAUACAUUGAUCACAUUGAGUAUUGCUCGGUGUACUACACCACGAAGUACCUAUUGAAGACCUAUGAAAUUCCAAUUUAUCCGGUUCCUGAUGAAAGCACAUGGGAAAUUCCUGCAGAAGUUCUAAAUGAAAAAGUCUUGCCACCAGACGUGACUAAAACAAUAGGAAUGCCAAGGAAGAGCAGGUGCAAGCCAAAAUCUGAAAGGAAACGAAAAAGGUCGAUUUCAUGUGGACAGAGUGGAAAAGAAGGUCACAACAGGAAAACUUGUAGAAAUAAUCCAAAGAGAGGAUGA